AUGAAACCUGGAACAAGGAUUGAGAACCGUUUUGAAUUAAUUGAGAAAUCUGAUACUGUUUACGAAGGGGCCCGUCCAUUGGAGAAGUUUCUUGAACAAAACAGAAGUGUUUAUGGCGGAGAAUUUAUUUCUCAAGCUAUGUAUGCUGCUUGGAAGACAAUACCAGGUGAAGAAUUUACCCCGAACUCGCUUCAUGCUUACUUUUUGAAAGUAGGCAAUAAUGGAUCGGUAAUAAGAUAUGAAGUGAAAAAAACUAAUGAUGGUAAGAACUUUUGCAAUAGAACUGUCGAAUGUUAUCAAACUGAGACGAAUGCAUUAUGCGUCGUCUACAUGAUGUCAUUUUCAAAAAAAAAUGACAGAAAUAAACUUCGUUCAGAUCAUAAAAGUCUUGAAGAGGGUAAAUUUUCUUUGGAUUUCCAAAAGAAACCAAAUUUUUACUUCGAUAAAUACGUUAAAACGAUCGAUAACAUUAAUUACAUAGAGCAUACCCAUGAAUUUUUUCAUCACGCUUUACCACCGGAAUUCUUCGACACUAGACUUCCUCCAAAUUAUAAAAAUGUUUCUUUAUCUGAUAGAGAAUUCGGCAUGUUCUUUCGAGUUAAUGAUGACCUCACGGUUGCCAAAGACGUAAUAAAAUCAAAAUUCCUUCUAUUAAGUUAUAUUUCGGAUAGUUUCUAUCUACCUUCAAUUUAUAGGGCCUUGGGACAUCCAAUAGGACCUGGUAUGAUGAAGGAUGUUAAUAUUUCAUUGGAUCAUUGUGUUAACUUUCAUGAUGUCAACUUUGAUCCUACUCAAUGGAUGUUUAUGAGCUGGAGUUACGAUAGGAUGGUGAAUAACCGAGUAUUGGUUAAUUGCUUUAUAUAUACGUUAGAUGGUACUAUGGUGGCAAGUAUUAGACAAGAGGGUUUAAGCUUUAUCUCAAAGGAAACUUUGCUAGGAUCCGAUGCUCCUGGUAUUCCAAAGUUAUGA